AGUCGACCAGCGCAAGUUGCGAUUUUCCACCGAGCAACCCACCACCCUCCGACACCAUGGCGAGCGCCCAGUUGAUCAGCGAGAUGGAGACUAAGUACCCGAACCUGAGCGUGCUGCGGUACCGCGCGCUGGCGCCGCUGCAGAUCAAGCUGCGCGACGAGAAGACGACGCCGACAGAGUUCAAGUUCUACGCCGACCGCCUGAUGCGCAUCCUGGCCGAGGAAGGGCUCGCGGCCUGCGCUAACAAGACGCAGACGGUGGUGACCCCCACGGGCGACUCGUUCACGGGCCUCGUGCCGGCCGAGAAGGUCUGCGCCGUGUCCAUCAUCCGCGCGGGCGACAGCCUGCUGCAGUCCAUCAUCGAGUGCGACCCGACGGUCUCCGUGGGCAAGAUCCUCAUCCAGCGCGACGAGAAGUCGGAGGACAAGCACCCGAUCAUGUACUACUCCAAGCUGCCGCCCAACGUCCAGGCGCUGGACAACGUGCUGCUGGUGGACCCGAUGCUGGCCACGGGAGGCAGCGUCAACAUGGCGAUCAAGACUCUGAUUGACGCGGGCGUGGAGCAGAAGAAGAUUACGUUCCUGAACGUCAUUUCUUGCCCAGAGGGACUCGCGGCGCUUUUCAACGCGUACCCAGAUGUGAAGGUUGUGACUGCCGGUCUGGACAUCGGCUUGAAUGCCAACAAGUACAUUUUACCCGGCCUCGGCGACUACGGUGACCGCUACUACAACACUGUGUAGUGCAUUUGCAGGACCGACUAAUGCUGAGGGGGGAA